AUGAUGAAUAAUUAUAAUUUAACAUAUCGUAUAAUUGAUACGUUAAAACGAUCAGAAUCAAAUGAUAAAGAUUCUCAAUUUUGUCAGACUUAUUUAAUAAAUGAUGAAAAAGAAAAAAAUGAAACAAAAUUUAUUUUACGAUUAAUUGAUCUUGAAAAUUUAACAAAUUUAACUGAAUUUAUUAAAGACAUAUCAUGGUAUCAACAAUUAAAUCAUUUGAAUUUAAUGUCACUAAAAGAUUGCUUUCUUAUUGAUACUAAACUUAAUCUUAUUAAACCUUAUGCUUCAUUUGGUUCUUGUGCUGAUCUUCUAAAUUCAAAUCCAUACGGUAUAUGUGAACAAUUAAUUGCUCAUAUCAUAUGGCAAACAUUACAAGCUAUUUGUUAUCUUCAAGAUAGACAUAUAAUGCAUCGUGGUAUUGCUUCAAAAAAUAUAUAUCUUUGUGGUAAUGGUCGUGUUUUAUUAGAUAAUUUUUCUCAUUGUAUAUCAAUGAUAUCACCAUAUGAUGGAAAAUUACGAAAACAAAUAUAUGAUUAUACAGAUAAACUUAAAGAUCAAGUAUUAUAUUUAGCACCGGAAGUUAUUUAUCAACAUACAGAUGGUUAUAAUUUUAAAAGUGAUAUAUAUAGUUUGGGUAUAGUUGCAUGUGAACUUGCUAAUGGUUGUAAUACAUAUAUUAAUAUGACUUACGAAAAUUUAAGUAUGUUAUAUGCUAAAAUCCAAGGUUCAGAACCGAUGUUACUUGAUCAAACACAAUUAACAGAAGAAAUGAUAACACUUAGCGAUAAUAGUAAUAGUUUAUAUAUUGAAGAAAUAAAAAAACGAAAAUAUACCAGAGAAUUUCAUUCAUUUAUUAAAUCAUGUGUAUCAACACGUCUUGAAUUAAGAUCUUCAUCUGAUGAAUUACAAAUGCAUUCAUUUUUUAAGUCUCAAAAAAGAUUGAAUCAUGAUCAACAUUUACUUAAUAAUGAUAUGGCUAAAUUACUUGAAAUUUAUAAGAAAAAAGAAUCAAUUAAUACUGAAAUAAAAAAUAUUGACGAACUAUUUGGUAAAUAUAAACAUAGUUCAUAA